UUUCCUUCAAGAUAGCGAAAUAAUUGUUAAGGUCAUGGGUUAGUCACUUGUAGAAGUAAACAAUGUUGGAGGUAGAGGAAUUUUCCGAACGUGGCGAUGCCCCUGCGCUCGCUAUACUCAAAGACAACGCGAGGAAGAAGGCGAUCCGGCAUGUUGUGGAAACACAGGAAGAAUUGACCCGCAUACACGAACGCGUUACAAGGGUAAGAAAAGCAGUUUGAUCAGCCUUUAUUUCUCCUUUUUCUUUUUUAUCCUUUUGUGAGCUUAUUUUUAAUCUUUGUCUUUUUUCUUAGACUAUAGACUCUUACGAACUCAGCGAAAAAUUAUCCGGACAUCAACUUGAUGAAAGAGAAGUAGAACGAAUCGCUGAGGAAUUUAUAAGGGAACAAGCGACCCUGGAAUUUGUGGAUGAUAUGGUACGAAGGACUGUUUCUAAUAUACCGAAAUGUUUAUUAUAAGCAUGAACUAGCUUUUAAUCUUUGAUUACAGACAUAGCGCGAGUCAUAAGCCCAGCUUCAAUACGCAGCAGUCAUUUUGUCAUUAUGCAAGGCGUCCUCUUGGGACCCGAGAGGCGUUCAUAAUUUUUCGGCCAUAAUUCGGGAAAAUAUUCUUUUGUUUUAGAACAUUUUAUUGUUUUCGUAACUCGAAAAGGUAUUUGUUUUCAAUGUCUGCCACGAACGUACUGUUUGUCCGUGGCGUAGGUUGUUUUCGUACCGCUUAAAAGGGCAACACAUGGCCUCUAGUUGACCUCAGAACGAUGCUUUUUAAAUAUGUUCAUCACAAGCUCAUUUGAGCAUUCUAUUUCCCUGACACGCAUCAUGGCUUCCUCUACCUCAGGAAGGCUUUAUUUUGAUUUUCUGCACGCGAUCUUCAUGCUGCUUGGAAAAUGUAAAACAGGAAACAGACUUUACAACUGACAAAAGUAAGAAGGGUCGGCCAGGGCUUGAGGGUAAUACGGGUGUCUUUUACCUGAAAAUAACUAAUGAUUUUGAGUAUACUGGUAUACCGGUACCACUCGUUUUGGGUAUUCUGUGGGAAUUGGUGUAUGUCACAGUGCAGCAUUCUUUAACCCGUGAAGCCUCAAGAUAGUGACCAGCAUCAGAUUUCUCCUUACUGGGAUGGGAUGAGUGGGAGGAGCAGCAGUGAUGAAAUGUCGCUCAAACGGUGCAACAAGAACCAUAAUUAUGGACAGCAGGGAGGAGAAUAAACAUGUUGAUAUCCAAGGCUUAGGCGCGUUUCAAACAUCGUGCUACUGCCAUGCCAAACUAAGUUGAUUGAAUUAAAUUCAACUUUAGCAUGGCACUAGCGCUACGUUUGAAACAACUUGCUUUCAAAUGUUGCUCUACUGCCAUGCCAAACUCAAUUCAUAAAUUAUAAAUACAUUAGAAUACAUUUAAAAGUUUGCCAAACCGUAUCUUUAUUUUUGUGGUUUGUUUUUGUCAACAGCCGUUGUGUUCGACUGAACUAAAUUCAAUGUAUGAAACCAAGUCGUGCUAGUGUCGUGCUGCAGUUGAGCUACAGUUGAGCCAGCUUAGCAUGGUAGUAGUGUGACGUUUGAAACAGGUCUUGAAGGGUUAAAGUUGAAGGAGAAGUGAUUUUUAAGAGUAGGUGGUGACAGAGUAGAACACCUCUCAUACAGUAAAACCAUGUGUGUGGGUAGGUAUGGGACCCCCCUCCCAUGAGAAACGUUUAUUUUGGGGUUCCUGCAAAGUAAGCUUUCCCAGUCAUCAAGAUAGUAGGGUAAGUGGAUCAAGAAAAGUUGCAUGAAAGCUACUGAUUUUCAUUGCUUACUUUUUCGCUGUUCAUCCACUCUAUUUUGCUCAUUUGCACUGACCAAGAGCUUGGCACAGGACUACUGCAAAGAUCAUUCAGUGCAUUGUUAGCAAACUGCAUGGAAGCAAUAUUAGCCAUGAGGAUGGCACCCUUUUUUGUCCUAUAUAAUUUUGAUCUAUUUCACCAUGUAAAUUGGUGAGAAACAAGUUUGAUGGAUGUAUUAUUUCAAGUUAAGUAGCCAGCACUUUCUUGAAAACUACGUGUAGUUAGGAACUUUUGUUAGUCGCUGGAACUUCAGGAAACGCUGGUUUUCGGUAAAUAUUUUCUGGUUUUAUUACUUUGGAUUCCCUUCACUGAGUCACCUUGAAUAAGAGUAACUGGACUAAAUCAAAAGCCUCUCUCCAACAACCCUUUGCAUGAUGAGUGACUUGAACUUCAUCUACAUGUAUAAAGUAAGAAUAGCAAAAAAAUUUAUGAUCAUCCAGAAUAUCGAUUUUAAACAUUUCAGCACUAAAGAGAUGGGUGCUUCUAGGAAGAAGAACAAAAACAAGAACACUUUCCUGAUUUUUAGAAAUAAUAAUAAGUAAUAAAUAAAUUUAUUAUUAUAGUUUAUAAUAAGAAUAAUAAUAAUUUUUUUUCAUAAGAAUCAUUAGAAAGUACAUGUAUUUCUGGUCACCAAAACCUAUAUUAUUAAUUGCAGUUUAAGGUUAAGAUGAUUCCUUUGUAAAAGAACCUAACAUAGAUUGUAGAUGAAACUUGGUACACUGAUGUAACAAGUCAAGAAGAUGAUAAUAAGUAAUAAAAAGUGGGGGUCACGGUGCUCGUUUUGACGUCACAAUGCUGACAAAUACAGCUAUUUUGAACCCUUCGACAAAGACCAUGCACAGUCCAAAACUAGACAAAAAAGAGAGAUUUUUUUGAUGAUGCAUGUGCUAUCGCACAGAAUUUGACUUUAUUUUAUUGUUUAUCCACUUACAUACCAGAAAAAUGCCUUUUAAUGCUCCUCUUUUUAUUUUACGCGCUAUUCGACCUGUGAUAGCUCAAUCCGUACAAUUAUUUAGUAAAAUUUCCAAAAAACGGAACAUAGAUUUGUGCCAAUUUUUUUCUCAUCGAAAGGAAGCACUGUCCUUAUUAAAAUCAUGAAAUAAAAAAUGGGGGUCACCGCACUCAUGUUUACGGUAAAGCUGCAGAAAGUGCGCACCAAAUGCAUUUUCUCUGAUUUUUGAGAGAGGACUGGGGUGAGUUUCAAAAUAGAAUGUUUGUGAAAAGGGGGAAGAAAGUAUUAAAAAAUCCAUUUUUAUAGAAUUUACAUCGAGAUAUCACAUUUAGGACACAAUGUGAUAAAGAAGGCGUUUAAAUGAAAAUCAAAGUGAGUAAGCACAAGUUAAACAUCCACUAUCGAGGUUCUCUCUGAGGAAGUCAAACUCAGCAACACGCGUACUGCUUACGCUAUGCACAUUACCAACACAUUGAGUCUCACCUCGGCAAGAAACAACCGCAAGCAAAAAUUGCAAUAGCGUUUCUCUUCAGUCAACUUCAUUUUAAUAAUGUUACUUCACAUGCUCUUUUUUACGGAGGCCAUCUUGUUAUGCGCAGUAAGAGAUGCACAGUGCAAAACCAGGGAAUCACCUUAAAUCCAUUUUCAGGACCUUGUUUGUUUGUCUUUUCCAGACUCAGCUUCUUAUAAUAUUGUCAGACCCAGUGGCCAAGAGAAAGGUAUAGUGCAUUCAAUAUUGAUACUGACAGUGUACAUCAUGUAGAACUUGAUGUGUUAGUGAGAUUUGCAAGUGCAUUUGACUGCUCUCAAUCCUAGGCUCUCUCCUUUGGCAAUUUGUUUUUGAUUUCAUUUGUCACAAAAAAUCUUCCAGUCCCAGUCGUUCAAAAAGUGGAAAACACUUUUUUCCACUGGCCGACUUAGACAGUAUGAUUUUAUACUUACGACUAUCGUAUGUGACUAGCAUUGUAUGUAAAACUGUGAAAGGUUUAAACCCAGGAGUCAUUUCAAAAGUAGGUUGAGUUUGAUCAUCCGGGUGAUCGUAGUCCUGAUUAGGACUGUUGUUGUUAACAGUGACUGAUGACCAUUUUAUCAAGCAAAACACCAAAAUUCCAGUUGCAAUGCAUGACAUCUGGGAUGACAAGUGUUGAUGAAUGGUUUUGUUCAUUAGCUGGUUUAAAUAACAACUAAGUUGAUACACAUGUGAAUAUAUUAUUUCUUUUUAGUAUCAGCAACAAGUGGCUGUUUUCAUUGUUGGAUUUGAAAACCUCUGUGGCCGUAGAGCAAGGGUUCGUGUUAAUAUUUAGCAAUUAUGAAUUGGAUUCUUUUUGUUAAUUCAUUCAAAAUAUUUCCAAGCUCAAAACCUGCUCAACUCUAUGUGUAGUUCUAGUGUUCAAAAUCCAUUUAGUUACCCGUGUCUCUUAGCAGUUUCAGGACAGGAAGGAAUGUUCAUUCUAGCAGAUAUUCUUCAUAAAUUAAAUUAUAGUAGUUGUCAUCCACUAAGUAGUACAUGUACAGUGUAUCUUUGUCAUUUUUUAAGGCUGCAGUAGUUCAGCUAUUUUCAUCUCAUUUGAAGUCUUCCACUACUUUCCAGGUGGCUUGGGACCUUAUUUCUCAUCACCUUUAGAUGUGAGAUACAAUACAUGUACAGUGUAUUAUUAUUUUAACAAGACAGGUUAUUUUCAGUAUAAUACACUGUGUAUGGUGUUGCUGAAUGUAUUUUGAAGCGCUGACAUUCAGAUUUUAUCAAUUGUUUGGGGAAUGGAGCCUGUAAGAGGAUAACUUCAUGUGCUCACUAUGCUACAGCUGACAUUAAAGCUCAGACUCAAAUUAAAACUUAAUUAACAUGUAAACCCCCCUCUCUCUUGCUGAUGCUUUGGUCACUUUUAUUUAAUUUUGUACUUCUAAUCUACAUCAUUCUUCAUUCUUUUGCAGCUUUUAGCCCAGUUACAAGAGGUACAUGUUCACUUUUAUUAAUGUUUGUUACAUAUUUUCAGUUAAUACUGCAGUAAAUUUAUGCAUUUACAUAAGUAACCACUUGAAUGUACAGCUAUGCGAUAAUUACUAUAGAUUGUUCCUUUUGUAAAUAUAAUCUAUCUUCCUUUCAGUUUUUUGUUCAAAAUGGGCGAGGAGAAGAGGACUUUGAAGUUGAACCACCAGACUUUGAUAUUGAAUAUGUUGGUGCUAAUGUCCGGUAAAAUUGAUAUUGUUGUACAUACACGUUUACAUGUAACCAUGUGUCAGUUGACACCUCCACUAAACUACAUGCACCUCAUGCAGCAGGCACAUAUAUACACUUACCUAAGCUGGUCCCAGCAACAUAGAUUGCAUUUUGAUUGUACAUGGAAGAAUUCUUCUACACUGUACUUUGACCACUAUUAAAAAAUAAAUGAAAAUUUUGACUCAGUAACCACUUUUACCAUACUUUGUUAACAAUUUAAUAUUCUCUUAUGCUCCCUUGUGUUUGAUUGUGAAACAAUUUUGAGGGAAAAUGUAGGAGAAGAAAAGAACAACUUUUAAGAAUAUGAAAUAAAAUCAAAUAUAGCUUCAACUCAUAAAUGUUAGCAAAGGUGAGGAUAGUUCGUCUUUGUGUCUACAUGUGUUACUUGGUGACCAGAAGUGGCUUAGAUGCUUGUACUGUAGCUUAAAAUGGCAUUUUUGUUUUGGAAAAUCUCUGCUCAUGAGCUUAUACUGCUUCAGUGUCACUUUUCUUGAAGCUAAGGCCUCCUGUGAUGUACAGUAACCCCCCCAAGCCCUACUCCUCUUAUUCCAACCCCCUACUGUUCUCCCCACUCACCUGCAUGUACAACAUACACACAUUGGUAAUAUCCACUGUAUUUUCCCAACACAAUGUUUUGAAUUUACUGUUAGUGUUAAUUUUUUUUGUUUACUUAACAGAGAAGCCCUGGACAAAGCAGAAAAAGCAACUGAAAGACUGGCAGCUGUUUCAAAAGAUGUGAUUAAAGCUCUUGAAUUAGCGAAUCCUAAAGAAACCAAAAAGUAAGUCAUCAGAAUUCUUAACAUGUUUGAAAAGGAAACUUUACACUUGAAUGAUUGUCAGUUGUAUUAACACAGACGAUUACACAAUGCUCUCAAAAACUGUGAUAAUAUAAUGUUUGAUCUUGAAUAUUUUCUAGCACAGUCAAACUUUAGGGUUUGUUUAUUUUCAAAGGAACAAAUUUUGAAGGCAUUAGUUAGUAUGUACAAAUAUAACUCAGUUGGAGACUUGAAUGGCCAUCAAAGAUAUACUAUUAUUAUUACUACAAUUUAAAUGAAUUCUAGACACUUAUUAAGCUUUGACUUAAUAAUGUUGAAAGAUAUGGCAUGCAUACAAUCAAUGGUAAUUAAUUGGCUCCUUUGUUCUCAUCUCAUGACAGUAUUUCAAGUUUAUUGUUUUUAUGAUAAUUUCACAACAGUUGCUAGGCAUUUUCAAGAGAGCAUUCUGAUUUCAGUUAAACAAAACCCCCUUUGAAAGGAAGAGGUCAUAAGGGUGGUCAGCACGGGUUUCAGAUUAUCAGGUUUCAGUUUUCUUGAUAAACAAACCAUUUGGUUAAUUAACAACGCAAGGGUUUUGAAUCCCAAGGUUUGCAUCCUACUUUAGCUGCUGAUGAAGGGUAUGUUAGUUUUUGAGUGAUUUAAUAUCUGUUAGUUAUCACUUCAUAGUCUAUUUGUUCAAAUUAAUUAAUAACUAUAGUGUUUGAUCAACUGUAUUUUAUCACUGUAGGGAAGUAAUUGUUCACUUUAGUGGGUUUUAUUCUGCUUCUAUUAUCACGUUUGGUUUACUUCAACUAGAAGAUAGCUACCAAAUUGGAAAUAACGGUUUUGAGGGGGAGAUUUUGUUCCUUUGUGAUAGCAUGUUAUAAACUAAUAUUAAAAAAGGUUUGUGAGAGCUAAUCUAAUCCAACAUACAGGAACUACAUUGUAAAAGGUUUGUUGUGCCAAAAAGACUGUAUAGCAGUAAUCAUAUGCUACAAUGUGGCGUAAAUGAUUCCUUGCUAGAUGAUUGUGUACAAACUCAGCUGCUGUACAUAAAAGCCACUUCAUUUUGUUCUAUGUGUAGAUUUAGCUUUCAUUGUACUUGACUUUGUGUGUGUACAUGUAUUUUACACUGUACAUGAUUGCAUGUUUUAAUAAUUAUAACUGCAAGCAUAAAAAAGCUUUUUUUAACUUUGUAAAAGCAAAAUCUUACAGCAGAUUGUCAACUAUGUGUACAUGCAUUCAUAGUUCUGUAGAUACUGUUGAUUGUUCAUGCAUUUACUUGUUUUGUAUUCUAAGGGAUGAGUAGGCUCCCUACAAUAAACAUGACUGUACACUGCCUGUGUUCCUUAUGAUCAAUGUUUACUUUGAUUUUGUCUGAUACCAUUUUGCUGUUGGUGGUUUCAUUCUAGAGGAAAAAAGAAACUUGAGAAAGCUCUUCAACAAUCCCAACAUGAUAUCAUGUCACUGACAGAAAAGUUAAUCAGGGUUCAAAAUGGUAGGUGGAUAAGAGUUAUAAAAGUUAUCUGUCAAUUACUUUUUUACAACACUUAUCUAGCAUUUUAUUUACUUGUUUUUUGAUAAUAAAAGACAUGAGUACAAAGGGAAGUGAAUAUCCAACAUGGAUUUAUGAAAACUUUGAGUUGAAUUUGCACUAUAGAAGUGAAUAAGUUAUUUAUUAAAUUAUUAUUGUUACAUCAUGUAGAAUUUUUAUCUGUAGGAGUUUUUGCAAUCAGGAGCCUGAGGCAUCUAAGUUACAUUUCCAAGCUGCAUGUACUCUGAAAUUAUAAGGAAUUCAAGACUAAAAACCUUGAAAAUCCAGGAUGCAUGAAUCAUAUGAAUUGUAUGAAAUUGUAUAAUUGUAUUAAAAACUAAGAUUUCCUAGUUUACCAAAGUAUGCUCUUCAGUGCCCAUCAGAAACUGCACAUCAGCACUAAUAUAUUAUAAAAAAAGUAUAAGUUGUAGAAAUAAUUUUUCUGAAAUGAUAUUCUUGCAGAUCUUGAAGACAGUGAAGGGAAAAUGUCUCAAAUGUACAAAUCCAUGGAAAUGAAACAAGUAGAAAUUGAAAGGUAUUCUUGGUCUACAUUAACUAGUACCUGUUUACUUCUGAUACAUGUAGUGUAUAACAGAAUUUAUGAAAAGCAUUUUACCAUAAAAAAUAUCAGCACACACAAGUUGAUUAACAGACCAGAGGUUUACGUUAUAAAUUCCUUAUUCAAUCUAUCGCAGGCUUAAAGUUCAAGGUGAAAACGCAAAAGUAAGUGAUUUUAUAGUUUUGCAGGGUAACUCUUUACUAUUCUGUGAAAUCUUGUUCUUCUUCAUUUGUUUUAAUUCCCUUUACAUGUAGUUAGUAGCAUUUUAGAACCAAGCUCAGUUCUAGAUCAGUCCAUUCAGUACAAUAUCUAUUAAUUGUGGUCUAAUUUAAUGAAAAUUAGUACCAGAAGGAUAUUGAUACAUUAAACCCCAUCUAAUCCAGGAGUUAUUAUUUAACAUAGUUGAUUAAUGCUGUGUGUGAUUCACCAUGAGCAGUUAUUUUUAUUCAUGGUGAAAUUAAUGAGCAUCAACUCCCUGUUUAUUCAUUAUGUAUAUAGAAAGCAGCUGAGACAGUGAAGGAACUUAAAACUGAAAUUGCUGUAAAGGAAACAGAUCUUCAAAGAGCUCAUAAGGUGAUUUAAAUGUUAUUGUUUUUUAAAGCAUGUAUAGUACAUGUAGUUUUUGAUGCCUUUGUAACCUCUCUAUCUAUGUCAGACUCUCAGGAAAGGGGGGCAGGUCAUUUGAAGAAAAAAAAAGAUGUAUGUAUGGAGUAUGAAACAUGAGACCUGGGUGGGUCCAAAUUUUUAAGUGUUACUGCAUUUCCAAUCACUUUUGUAUUUUUAACCAACUUAGCUUGCCCUUGAGCUUUUGCCAAAAAGAAAAGCUGUUUGAAGCUAGUCGAAAUUUUUUCUGGCCAUGUGGUUACUAAGAAGCAAAACUACCCAUGGUGAAAUAUUGCUUAUAAGUCCAAAUUACAGCCUUCAGUUUCCAUUUUUUUGGGCAUAUACAGAAGGCAAAAUUUUGAGAUACAAUGUAGGUAUGGGACAAAAGAGUGACACCACCGCCUCAACUGAAAUGAUUGGAUGAGUAUGAGACAUUCAUGUAACAUUAAAAUUCAGUGGAGAUUUUUGGUUAUACACUGGACUUACAUGAUUGUGUUUUUGCAUUUUCUUGGCUGUCUUGGAUGUUGUCUGUGAAAGUUUCACUCUGCAGAACAUUGCUAGUUUUAGUAUCCUGUCAAACUAAGGAUGGCCGAAAGAAUCAACAACUGAUAUAUUUCAAGGAUGAUGGUUGUGUAUUGUAGAUUGGCCCAUUAAAAUAUUGCAGCUCAGAAAUCAUAAGCGCACUAUAAAACCACAAACUGGUUAUCAUUGCUGCCUGUUGUUUUAGUUUUCUUACUUCUUCUCACCAUUUUCCUUGUAAGGCUGCGUGCAAAUGGAUGCAACAACUCCCAAUGUUGCGCCAACAAUGUUGGGAGUUGUUGCGUGCGUGUUGGCAGUGGUGUGCAAAUGGAUGCAACAACUCCCAACAAUGUUGGGACCUGCAGUGCAUCGUGGGAAGGAUACAACCCAUAAGUCUUUGUAAACCAUGCAUAGUGAGCGUGCGCGGCCCCAACAACGUUGGAAGAGCUGUGCAAACGGAUCGAACAUUGUUGCGCUACACUUCGGCGAUCACGAAACAAAAGAAAUGUUGGGAGUUGUUGGCUGAAAAGUUUGACCAGUUUCAAACUUUGCGCAACAACAUCCAACAGGAUGCAACAGGGUGUGCAAACGGAUGCAACAUGUAACAUCCAACAAUGUUGGGAGUUGUUGGUCAACAAUGUUGCGUCCAUUUGCAGGCAGCCUAACAUAAUAAUUAUACAUUUCGUCAAAUAUUUCUGAUGUUCAUGAUUUUGCAAGUGUUAACAGGAUACCCUGUAUUUAGCUGACACUCACCUCUAAAUAUUUCGUGUAUUUAGAGGACCCUUGUUUGAGUGUAAACUGGUGAGAGUAGGGAAGGUGUCCACGUUAAUACAAAUUUUACUUGUUAUAGACAAUAUACAAUAUGUAUUUGAAUGAGGUUUUUGUGAUAUCCAGAAUUAUCAGGGCCAAGGUACAUGUACAUGCACGGUACAUGGAAGUGUUAACUGCCAUUAAUUUUAAUUAGGCUUACUUACAGGGCUGAAAGUCAAGUGGGUUAAAAUUUGACCUUAUUCUUAAUUAUUUUGUUUUUGUUACAUUUUAAGUCUCUGUGAUAUAAACUUAUACAACUUCGGGAAUGUUUUUGUGAAAUUCAUGUUGCUAAAUCAUGUCACAUGUAUGUGUGUCCAUUUUAGACAAUUGCUGACUUGGAACUUAGUGUAGCUCAUCUAGAAGACAAACAAGAAAGGGAUUUUGAAAAACACAAGAAAGUACGAGAGGACAACCAGGUAAUGAUGAAUAAUGAUUUUGAGUUAUUUCAAGAAAGCAAUGCACCUUUUCAGUUCUUAAAUAAUGACUAUAUGUCUUACAUUAGUCAUCACUUCUCUCCACCCGAAAAGUAACUCGCACACAUUGUACUGUUCCCAAACCUUACUGUUUUUAGUACAAACUGUAAGUGUAGAAAAUGUGAUGAUGAUGACAACAAUAUUAUUAUAUUUCUUUUUUAACUUGUUCCUAUUAUUUAUUUGCUGCCUGUUUCUAUAAUGAAAUUAAGCAGCCUGAUUGAAGAGGUUAUGGGAUUUCUUGACUUAAGCUUUAUAAUCAGUCUCUGCUAGUAUCCAAAAGAAAAAAAAUUCCUUUCACCUUUGUUCGAAGUUUAAUGUUCAUUGCUAUGGUAAUUGAUACAUGUACCUUAGCGAUUAGGCAAAAUCAAAAUGAGACUAUAGAGUCUGUUUGUGGUGGCCAUAUUGCAGGAGUAAACAAUGAAAAUGAAAUUUUUUCUUAAAGGAAAUCGUUUUAUUGUUUUACUCCUCCAACAUGAUUGCUGUAUGCAUACUCUAUAAAACAGGUUACACAUGUUUCCUUGAUCAACUCAAGGCUUGGAAAGUAAAGGUCUGGCUGACAUACCCUCGCAGCUGACAAGUAAGGUAGCAUUGAUCCUGCCUGUUUCUACUUUUGCUUGGUCUUUGAGGCAUGUCCUAAGACAGAGUUAUUUCCCAUGCCUUCUUUAUCAUAUCAUGAGUAAAAUUUUACACCUGUUUCAGUAAUUUUUGAAGUAAUGGAUAAAUUUAUAUUCUUACAAUGUACAUCAUAAAGAUAAAUUGUUUUAAAUCUUGCCUCCACUUGAAUAAAAUAUUCCUUUUCUUUUAAUGUUAAUGCUUCUUGAGACUGCUAAUACAUGUAUUAUUUAACAAUAACCUUAUUCUACAGCAAACAGAAGUACCAUCCUCAAGGAUUAUAUUUGUUGUUAGUUUUGCUUUAUUUUUUUUUUUCACUUUUCAGCACAAUAGUCUAUUUUAAUAGUCAGUCAUAACCCACUGUUUGGAGUGUUUCUUAGCAAGCUGGCAAUUGCUAGGCUUUUCUAGCCACGUAUAGGCUAGUGCUAGAGUCUAUUGUGGCAUACAGAGAAGGAAAAGGGCUUUGGGGGCCAGAGGAACUCCAUAUAUGAAGGGGGUGGGGAUGCUUGUCGUCUCCCUUAGGGGUGUAAAUUUCAGAUUUUGGUCUCGUUUAGGGUGUUCUGGGCAAAACACCAUUAUAUUUAGCCGUAAAGGUCUCUUUUAGGGUUGCACUUGAAGAAAUAUUAAAAAAUUAUGAAUCUUCAAUUCGUUUUAUUUACUCGAGUCAUGUAAUCAACGUUCAAAAUGAUAACUUUCAGGGGUCCAAAAAAGCGUUGGGCCACGCCCAGAUUGGUCUCCUUUAGGGAUUUAAUUCAAAAUUUCCGACGAGCAUCCCCAACCCUUUCAUAUGCGGAGAACCCCCCCCCCCCCUGGGCUUGGGGGGGGGGGCAAGCUUUCCACCUACUUUUCUUAUCUUUCCUUUUCCUCUCCCUGUCCAUAUCAUCUCACACUUUUUUCCUAUCAAGAGAGCUUAAACUUGCACAACUGUAUGCUCAUCUCUCUUUAGAAUAAAGAUGUACUCUUACCAAAUGAAGUCUACAUUACAUCACAGUUAAAUUAAACUUAAAAGUCAUGAGAUGAAUUUGUGGAACGUCACUGCAGUUUAUAUACAGCGUCACGUGAGAGUCACAUCACAGUUAUAAACCUAUCUUUUGCAGUAGCUAAAAGAAAGCCUGAAAAAAAUCAGUCUGAAAAAUGUCAGCCUUCCUGUAUAAAGCUUUCUUUUUGCAUUUACAAAAGUUGCACUUAUGACUGCCAUUAUCACGAUCCUCUUCAAAUUUAAUUUAAUUGUUCUCCCUGUAGUAUAAAGUAGUCAUUAUUUUAGCCAAUUUCUGCAGGCAUCAUUGCUUGAUUCCUAUAAAAUUAUUUGAUAGUCUUUGAGAGCUCAAGCAACAGUGUCUCCAUAAACUAACGUCCUUAACAAAUUAAUAAUCGUCAACGGUAAAUAUUUCUUCUUCUUUUUUUCAGAAAUCAAAGGAUAUCUGUGAGGAAAAAAUCCGCGAUCAACAACAGUACAUAGCAGAUUUAAGAACAGGUAUACAUAAGGAAGCAAAGGUUUGGAAUAGUUGUACUAAAUGCUUCAUACAAUAACGCUAACCUUUUGAUUUACGUGAAACAGCUUUUCUUCCUUUAGUCUGACUUUAAGUGUAGAGUGAUAAUAUUAGAAAAUUUCAUCGCUUUUUUUGCUAUUUUAGAAACAGUUUGGUCUUUUUUGGUAAACUUUCUACUUAUGCUGUUCUAGAAUUAAAGCAACAUUAUGACGUUCAAGUUAAAGAACUUGUAGGAAGCCAUCAGAGAGAACUUACUCAGCUAAGAGAUGACCACAAAGUAGAGAUUAGCAGGAUGCAAAAAGCGCUUGAAGUGGUAGGUUGGCUAAAACACAAUACCAAGAAAGUCUGUUUUCCUGCUUUGGAGCCUUGCACAUGUUUUUGUUUGUUUUUUCAUGUCUUUCACUUGGCUAACAGUGUUAAAGAAAUCUGCUGCACAUAACACUCAUCCUUACUUCUACUCCCACAUUCAGUAGUUCAUUUAAUCAAAGGCUUCAAAACUUUAAGACAAAUUACAGUAACAAAAAUACUUUGUGUAGUGUCACUAUCAACAGAGAGAUAAUAGUAUCGCUCUUUGGGAACCAUCCGGAGGAAAUGAUCAAGUCUGAAGAUACACUGACUGUAAUUCUUAUUUAUCCACACAGUUUAUUUAGUUACUUUACAAUAUUAUCUAUGACUGCUGUGACCUUUCUUCUCUGCCCGCCUCGUCUAGCUUUUACUAUUUGCGGGCGGAGAUGGCAAAAUGAUGUGUAUGAAAUAAAGUAUAGUGUGUGUCACUGUGGAUUUCAUAUUAACAUCUCGGGGGUUUUGUUGUUCAGUGGUUCGCUCAAGUUUUGUGUACGUGAGAGAUGUUGCGUGGCUAGCUGGACAUGCAUGUCGCACUUUCUGUACAGUUAAUUCUACAAACAACUGUCGAAGUAAUUACACUUUCCUUUUGACAGGCGAGAAGAAAAAGUGAAGAGCUCAAGUCCGAGUUGUCGGAUUCCAGCAAACGUAAUUCACUAGUAGCUGAAUCUGGCUCAAGUAAAAGGAGCAGUCUGUUUUCACCCGAGGGUUCUGAUGGUGGAGAAGGCCCUCGUAAAUUGUCCCUCAAAUCUUCAGCGCAGGCUGUCAGGUUCUUGAACAAGGGUAGAAACAUGGUAAGUAUUAGCAUAUCCCUUGAGUGGUACGUUAUCAAUUGCUUGGUUCAUUAAGAAUAGCGUUUGUUUGACAUGAUGAGUCUGUAAAAUUGUAUACUCCUUGUGGAAUGGAGAUUUUCGUUUUUGAUUGAAGACUUGAGUUUGCGUGCUUUUCUGAAGAUCUGUUAAGAUUGUUCUGUUGAGACUUGACAACUAAGACAACGAUUAAAACUAUGAAUGUUCAAAGAACGUGUGUUAAAGGAAAACAGUAUACGAGUUGUAAAGUAAUUCAACGGUACGUUAGUUGACUUUAUUGAGUUCAAGAAAGUCAACGGUGCUAUUUUGCAUUGUACUACACUUCCUAGAAUGGUCCAAAAAGCCUGUAUACUUUGUGAACACUUCAAAGAGUUCAUUUCCCAAAUCAAAGCUUUCAGUGAUCCUUGAUAGCUUAGGAUUUUCUCCAGUCAACGUCAUCAUCAGUCAUAUUCUUCAUUUAUUGGAUGCCGUUUCGGUUGACUCCUGUACGUGUAGGUUGACGCAUACUCUUUUGAAAUGGACACAUCCAAAGCUGUCUUUAUAAGGCAUCGAUGUUCUAGCUGUGUCUCAAAGCUUGCUUGAGAACACUGUUUUUGCAUCCCUUUAUCUGGAGAAUAGACGGUCAUUUCUAUUUUCAGGUAUAAGGCGAUGCCUUCGCCCUCAGAUGAUCUUUUAAGUUUUGGUCUGUCCGGCCAUCCAGCCAUGCACUAGCGCUUUUCCAACUGAGCUAAUUGUAACACUGCGAGGAUCAAGACCACGCAUUGAAUUUAUUAAAACUAUUUCUUUUGUCAUAUUUUGUUCAUUUGCAGAGUGAUGCAGGAUCAGGGUCAGAGCAAAGUGAUAACGCAUCAACCCCACAAAAUAACACCAAGGCUCCAAGUUCACAAGCAUCACCAUCUACUGAAGCUAAUCGAGAGAAUACUAGUGAUAGCAUUCAAGGAAAAGUAUCUCUCUCUCGGAGGGAAUCCAAAAAUGACAAGAACAAGAAAGAGAAAUCAUCAAAAGAAACGUCUGAUAAACCUGUCAAAUCUAAGUCUCCUGAUAAGCCCCCCGCUGUCGUGGAACCAUUGGAGAAGUCGGUGAGAGGAGAGGGUAGUUCAGAAAAGAAACAGAGUGACUCAACACUAGUUCAAGGUAACUUAAUUCCUAAAAAAGGUACUAGAAGCGGGCACGUGUAACUAAAAGAAGUGGAUGUGUUAUAAGAAUUUGUUUCCAAUUUAGGAUUCACAUGUUCCUUUACGUUUAAACCGUAUUUAUUAUGAUGUUAUAAUUAAAAAAAAGAGAUCGAUCCUUCUCUAUCUCGAACCUCACAUCACCAUUUCUUAAAAGAUUUGCAACGCAUUGGAAACGCUCUGAACUGAUUGUUUUAAGCAUCUUGGCCUAUGUGAAUGUUUUGUUUUAUUUUAUUGCGGACUCAUUGCAAGCCAGCUCUGUAAUGCUGCAGUCUUGCUUGCAUUUUUGACGUGUGUUAUCAUGAAAAGCCACUCCUUUAGAGCCAUACAAGUGUGUAGCUAUGGUGAAAAUCAUUUCCUUAUCCUUCAUUUUAUAGUUACAACCUCUGUUGAGAUGGUGGACGUUGGGAUUCAGAGUGAAGCUGAAGACUUGAGUGACACUGAGUUAAGUGCCCCUGUCACAGCUGAUAGGAAACCAUCCGUGCUUGAGGCGGUACCAGAAGAAGAACAUGAGGACAUUGAAUUGGUAAUUACUUUAUUUACUCCAGAAAGCAAGGAGCUUGUACAUCUUGUUGCAAAAUGGGGGUAAACUACUCUUCUUUUAUAUUUAUGUCAAUUACUCUGACCCUCUUUGCUUACCUUCUUUGGCUUUGGCAGAAUUGAAAAGAAAUUUUCCCUUGAUUUGAAGCAGGUUGUUUUACAGCAAGUUGUAAGAGCAUCAUUCUUGGCUUGCACGGUGCCAGAGUGGAACCAUCUUCCCCUUAACAUUGAUUCAGAACACUUCUUUUAAAGAAUGCCUUAAGUCUUCCCUUAUGUGAGACCAAGACAUCAACGAUUUAAUCUGUAAAAGCCAUUAUUAAGACUAAAUAGCCGCUGACCGUUCGCUAUACACAAUUUAAUUUUCCCAUGUGGGUGCCUUUCACAAUGUUAGAUUUAGAUUUAGAGGCAUCGAGGGCCAGGUAUCAUAAAGACAAAAGAAUAACAUAGCUUGACGCCAUCUUGAAAUAUGGUGUAUUUGGUGACAUUGCACUUAUUCAUCUUUUUUAUUGCAGGAAUCAAUAUCUAAAGAAGAUCUCAUUGGAAAGUUAGAGGAUUACAAGGCUAAGGUAUCAACUUUAUUUAUCCAUGUAUUCACAUGGACCUCUCAAACACCCGGUGACAAAUAUAAGAUUCUGUUAUUUCUUUUGUUUUUUAUCAUUUACUACACCUUACCUUCUUUGUAUCAUUCCAGGCACAGGAAAGACAGAAAAAGUUAGAGUUAGAGCUUGCAGAAUUAAAAAACAAGGUGCGACUUUUGUCAUUAUUUUUUUUAUUUGUUCUUUCUGAUUGGUCGGCCAUCAGUAAUGACCAGAGCUUAUUACGUUGUUACUCUGUGAUAGAUUUCUUAGCUCUAAAGCAUUGAUUUUGUAGCCUAACAAACCUUUCCAGCCGCUAGAGAUUUUGACACUUUCAUGUGUCCUAACUCAGACGUAUGGUCUGUUGGCUUUUUUUUCGUAGUAUAUGUUGAAAACAAAUGCCCUGAAAAAACAGAAUGAAGAGUUUCAAGACAACUUUCAAAAGGUAAGUAUUUUUGUUUUAUUCUUUUUGAUAUUACAGUUAAUACUCGAUCUCUAAGCUAGAUACGUAUAUUUUAAAUUAUACCCAUCCUAUUUAUUUUAUCUUUAUUGAAAACAGGAAAAAGAAGCCAUGCUGAACAGAAUCAAGGAUGCGGAGUUACUCAAAGUAAGUUUGAUAAUGUAGUUUGUUUUCUUUUAUUUUCUGAUUCACCUACUCUUAAUCUUCAGCAAUAUUCUGCUUGUUUUAAGUUGCAUUUCCCACCUUUUUUCAGUUCUUUUAUUUCUGUUCGUGUGUUCCUUUAUAUAAAUUGCGUUCAACUAGUAUUUCGGUUAUCAUUCGCCUUUGGCCCAGUUCAUUACAAUACAGUGACUGUAUGUAAUGGAAAUCGCAGUUCACUCUUAUCUUGAGACUUGCCAUCUUCUCUGUUAACCUUCAUUUAUGUUUUUCUUAUUUCUGUAUUCAGGAACAGGCAGAAAAAGAGGUAUGAACUCUUAACCUACGUGCAAACGAACGCAACAACUCCCAAUAUUGCUGGCCCAGCAAUCUUGGGAGUUGUUGCCUCUAUUUGCGCCUAGCUAAACGUUUGACCGGUUUCAAACUUUGCGCAACAACUGCCAGCAAGACGCAAGAACAUGCAACAGGGUGUGCAAACAAACGCAACAUGUCACAUCCGACAGUGCUAAAUUGACCUAAACUUGUCCUUUUGAAAGUUAUGCGAGCCUUCUGAUAGUUUUAAGUUGUUAGAUGUCAGCUAUAAUGGUGUGACCAAACGUUGCUGAUCCUCUUUCUGCGAAUCUAGAAGACUGAUUCAAAGCGACUCAUUAAAUAAAACUGAGUAAACAAACAAAAUGAGACUGAUGUUAAAUAAAAGCCAGUAGUUUACAGUAGGUCUUGAUUAUUUAUAUUGCAAGUAAGUUUGUGUUAUUUGAUUUCUUUGUAGGCGGAACAGGCUGUUUUGCAGCUGGUGAGUUGUUCUCCUACAUGAUAUUUUAUAUUGAAUUUCGUCUUGGUAUUUAACAUAUGUUUCUACUUUUAACUGGAUCCAUGGGACUUAAAACUUACAGUCUUAUCAUGUUUCUGACGUUUAGCGAAGUGUUUUUCACAAAUGCUAUAGGAGUGAACAACGAUUCUUGUGGAGGGUCUCAAAAUUCAUUCCAAGAGCGUUGUUCAUGUAAUAUAACAAACAUCUCUCGUUCAAUAAGAACAGGCAUAAGUACUCAAACGUAUUCCAAUUUCUUUCGAUUUUACUGAUUCUUGGAUGUAUCACUUUUCUCUGUGUUACGCAUUAGAGUACGUCGUACAUACGAUACUUUUAAUACAAAACGUACGAUAGUAAAACGAAAUUUAAUGUGUACCAUUACCUGCAGAAAGACUCAACACUUGGUCAGUUCAUGUAGAUCUAAGGGACCGUUCAUUUUUUAUGGGGUAGGGGGGGCUGGUGGAAUUUGGAGGAGUGUAAUUUGAAAAUUGUAUGACCCCCCCAAUUUCCGAUUUUUUCGCAUGCCCCCCCUCAUCAGAGUAAUUUUUGGAAGCCCCCAUGAAUAAAUAAUACUGCACUAAAAUUUCGUUUUGUUACAUUUCACGUAAUUUAGUGAAAGAAAGCUAGAAAGCUGUUUUUAACAAAUCCUCACUCAAAAGAAUGAAAAGUCAAUUUCAGCUCUUCUUGUUACUGCUCGUCCUGAGCGUGUUGUAGCUGGCCGCUCGUCUACAUAUUCCUCGUCUGAGGCGAUAAAAGCAAGAACGACAUCAUUUGAGUCGUCUUCAGGGUCAGGGGCACCACUCUUGUAAUCAUCAUCAGUUUCUUCUCCCUCACUGCUUUCACCACUGCUGUCUAGUUGACCUGAUUCAUUGCUGCCUCUCACUUCGGCUUGACCUGUUCUGAGAGUAUUCAUCUGCAGGAAGUGUCCCAUAAUUGUCUUCACUUUGUCAUUCUUGCUGCUCUUCUGAUGCUGUUUUAAUAGCCCAUGAUGUUGUAAGUAUUUGUUCAACUCUGGCACACGGAGCUUUUUUAGCUUGGCGGCAUCGUCGCACAAAGUAGCCCAAUGAUAAUCAUCAUAGGACUUUUCUCUUGCCUCCCUACUUUCCCUUGCCCUUUCCGCCAGUCUCUUCUUUUUUUUAAACUCUAUGACCUCAAGAUGCUGGAGAUAGUCAACCACAAACUUUGGUUUCACAAUGAAUUUGUCUCCAAAUCUAGCUACGCUCUCUGGGUCAGACAAAACUACGCUACCACCGGCAUGUGCCUUGUUCAACUGGACUCUCCAAUCGUCUGGAUCACGCCCCUCAUUUGGGGUCUGCUGAUAAGGAAGGUAGUGGUACUGUGAAAGGCAGGCAUGAUCAGGAAAUGGUUUCGGGCAUCUCCCUAUAGGUGGUCCAGUCCAUUCACAACAAAAAGAACAAACUUGUCCUACCUUUACUCCACAAGAAAACUUCAGAAACUCCCUGUAGUUGUUACCCUGGAACUGUUUUAGCAUAUUUGUUAUAAAUAAAAGAGCACAAUUUUUCUUCCAUUUGUAAACAUCUCUUAUUCUAUUUUUAAUCUAAUUUUUUCGUCCGACUCCCCCCCUCCUUUCCUUCAUUUUUUUUCGGCUGGCCCUCCCUUUCAAGCCAAUUUUUUUCGAGUGCCCCCCCCAAAUCCCACCAGCCCCCCCUCUCUCAUAAAAAAAUGAACGGUCCCUAAGGGAUGAGUCUGCGUAUUGUAUGUCUUUACAAUAAUCAGCAUAGUAAUACGAUGUUUUUAGUAUUUGUGUUAGUCAAACUAACUGCCCAGCUAAUCAGAGCGCAUGCAUGCUGUGAUACAGUGUCUCUGAAUUCACACUUUAACUGGUGUAAUCUAUUUUUUUCAUAGGAAGAGGUCCUUGCAGAACAGGAGGAAAUGGUAAGAUACUGCUCAGAAUGUUGUUACUAGAUUAUGUUUAGAGUACGAUCGAAACCUACCUAAAUUCAAUUGAUUUGGCUGAUUAAUGAUUCUUUCCACAGAGACGCGUAAAAGAGAAAGCUUUGCAGAACAGACAGGAAGAGCAGACCAUGACUGGACUGUCUCUGUAUGAUAGACGUGAAGAGGAAACCAUGACGAACGGGUCGUCAUUUGAUAAACAAGAACAAGAAACAAUGACAAGCAAGUCUUUAGCGAAUAUGCGAGAGGAACAAACAAUGACUUCCAUGUCCAUAGAAAGAGACCAGGAUCAGGUACAGGUACAGCAGCUCAUGAUCUAGCACCACCAACCGUCUGUAGAAUUAUUAACAUCUGGCCCUGGUUGUUCAAAAAGUGGUUAACAGGUUUGACUAAUUCUUAUCCGCUGGGUAACGAUUUAUCCGUUAGAAAAAGCUGUCCGCCUUUUGGACGACUGGGGUGUGGUAGAUAUCGCUGUCCAACUGCUAAACAAAGGUGACUUAGGCCGAAUUGGAGGGAACGGGUGGACAAAAUCUUAUCAAAGCGUUUGGGCAACACGACUUCAUUUUAUAAUGCCUGAAUUGGCUCAUUGCAAAUUAUACUAAUCGCAUUUACUAUUUAAUCUUGUUGUCAGGCCGUUGAUCCUAACAGACAUCAUUCUAUUGGAAGUCAGUCCUCUCGCCGUUCCUCGGCUCAGUUUGUAGACACUGCAACAGAGACCGACCAGAUAACUGCGAGGGGACAGAGCCCACGUGAUAGCGGCUUUGAAGGCGCAUCGUCAAGCUUGAAAUUCGAGUCAAGACCGAGCUCAAGUGUCGCUGUUAUCCCCAAAAUUGAUACUGAUGAUGUAAGUAUUGUAUGUGGUACUGAACUGCUAGGUUGGCUUGUAGGUGGGACAAGCGCUGAACUGCAUCUUCCAUAGAAUUUGGGAGCUUAAGCAAGAACGUUUUUGAGCGAAUGCACGUCAACAGAAAGUGAACGUUUGCAUUUUCGGCCAAAUCCUCUUAAUAAGAGUAGAGACACUUUGCAAUAGAAAUUUGGUUGCGGCAAGGCAUAUUAAAAGGAACAAGGCCUUACUUCCGGUUGACCUGCGUCGCUCAAAGACGUCACUGCACGUCUAUAGAGAAGUUAAGCAUCACGUUUACGUCAAACGGCAAAAGCAAAUUUGUACCAGGUGACCAAGUUUCCCCUUUACUCGUCGUUACUGUUCAUUAUUUCUACACCUAAAUUAGUAGUUUCAUGCAAUUCUUUAUCCAUAAGAAUUGUUUUGGGUGCUUUUAUUUAUUCAUUUUCUAUUUUGAGAACUUCUCAACUUGAAUCUGACGUUUGCCGUUUGUCGUAUACGUGAAGUUUAAAGUCGCCUCUUAUAUCGCCGUAUCAGCGUGUGUUCAGGUAUAGAUCAUAACAUACUAACCGUGCCCAGGCUAUUUGGACCCUGAGUGACAAGUCUUGCAGGUCAGCUUUAACAAAUUUAAUAAUAUAUGUAAGGCUUUGUAUUAACAUUGAGAAAAGGCUGUUUAGGGACUAUCCUAUGUACUAAAAUAAUGGGCUCCUCUUGAUCCAGAAAACAGUUUCUCGGUGUUUUGCGGAGAACGAAUUUGGACCAUUCAUUUGUCUAAAAUAGUCCUCAUGGAUAUCACUGGCGUGAACCAACUUGUUUUUGAGUCGAUAUAAUGAAAGGAAACAGUAAGCAAAGGUAAAACUUGCUCACAUAGUUCAAAUUGACAUUUGGGUGAACGUGAUUCGUAAUCCCUGUAAUGAUAUUUUCUUUAAAAAAACGUUCUCCCUUCUGUUCUUUUCAUCUUAGUUUGUAUGUCUUUGCGUCAUGCUAUUAGAAUGUUUUGAAGAUUAUUAACUUGUCUUUACCUAACAGAGUGCCUCUGGGGAGCCUAAAGUGGGGAUGCUUUCUCCACCUGAGAGGAGUCGACCAGUGAUGAGUGCUAGAGCUCGAAGGCGGCUGAUAAACUCCGCUCUUGAUGACCACCCUGUGGCUCAGGAAACACUUAAGACUUAUGAGGCAGUACUGCAGUUUGCUGAUAACAUGGUCCAAUGGCUGGUACAGGAAGGGCUUGGUCAAGAAGCUAAUUUGCUUCGAAGCGUGAAACCUGUCAUGCUAAACAAGGUACCUUACGUGAGCUUCUUUUAAUCAGAUUAUCAGUUGAUAAAACUUCAGUCAGAUGAUCGAUUCCUAGUCUGAUCCAUCCAUUGUCCAGUACUACUAUGUAAUGAAGGUGUAAUGGUCCUUUUCUCACGAGCUUGAGGUAAAGAGAAAAUGGGAGCCCCUGCUGGGGGAAUUCAUGACUUCCCAGAUACCAGUAGGACGUUGCUAGUACCUUAAGGCGAGGUGGGCCAAUUUUUAGGUUUAAUCCUGCGUCUAUUAGAUCUAAAUUGUAGCAAUUGUCAGCAGCAACGUCGUGCUGGGAAGUUUCUGACCCUAGUGGAAUGAGUGAUAAUACCUUUGAUUGCUUUAUACUUCACCAAAGCUGUGAUCGUAUGAGGUUACAGAGAAUUGGGUGGGGUUGGGAUUGCACCACAAUGAAGACGCCAUACUUGUCGUAUUUUUAGUCCAGUUCUCAACAUUUGUCAAACGUGCAUGUAAAUAUGUACAGUAAUAUGGCAAUACAGAGUGACGGAUGACCUAUCAACAAACGAACUGUAAUUUGUUUUUUUUCUCUUUAUCAGGAAGAUACGAUGCAAAUAAUUGAAAGAAUGCCAGAGAUACGUAACAACAUUUCCCAGGUGAGUGACAAUGAUCAUUCCAUUCCUUGCAAUGCAACUACGUAGCUUUUCGUGCAAGACGUGAUGGCUCUUACUUUUGAGAGAAACGUCGUUAAAAUUUAUUUAGCUGAGAAGGAAUUCCUCGAUAUCACAAUGAGCGAAAUUAGCGCUUCGACAAGCUAAGAAAAGGAAGAAACGUCCGUUUUGAUAUUAUGCUAGUAGAAAGGAAGGUAGAGAGUUGAAUGGCAUGCAAUAAGGUCUUGAAGUGGUAGCGAUUUGGUAAUAUUAGGGAACGUUUUGAGUCAAGGAGAACCAUUCGAAACCUCUGUGGUGAAUUCCAGAUUGGAUUGUGGGAAGCUAGUAGUGGAACUUUUUAAACAGGUUGUAAUCGUCAGUUCUAGUAAUAGGUGCUUUAUAACUCUGAGGAAAUGAAGUUUCAGUUUUAUUAUUCAUGGUUUUUGUGUCAGGUGCUAAGUCAGCUGGGCAGUAUAUUAUCGAGUCAGCAUCUUACAAGCUCCACUGCUGUUGAGACAAGGAGUGUAGGUCUUACCACCUCUCAACAAUCAGUUACAGCAGAGCCAAGUGAUCGCGGCUCGGAAUGGCGACCAAAAAGUUUCAAGGUAAAGUAAUAUCAUCUUGAAAAUAAGCAAAUUCUAGUAUCAGCAACUGUGUUGCGGCAAUGUAAGGGAAGUGGAUGGAGUAAUGGCAGUAGUUAUGGCAACGGCAAUUGCUUCGGCAAACUGUAUUGGCAGUGCACAUAAUAAGACAGUGGCAGCAUCAAAAGCAGUGCGGGCUGCUAUCCUGUGCUAACGAUAGCGGCAUUCGCUGCAGCAACAUCAGCAGAGUGCAAUAUAACAUUUUAUUAUGCUAAACAGAAUCUCAUAUUUACAUGUUUCUUCGUUCCAAGUUUGUAGUUACAGUGUCGGAACUGCUUCUCCAGACAAUAAACUCACGCUCACGAUAAAGAACAGAACUGUUUUAAUACUUCUAAAUCUCUCUCGGUAAAGAUCACUAACUCUCGCCAUGUGCUUUUUUUGCUGAUCCAUCACUUCUUGGAAACGACAUCCUAUAAUAUCCAUAAUCCUAGCUUCCAGGCCCCGACGACCUUAGGGUGCGCCUGACUAGUUUUCAAAUUAAAAAAAACGCGAACGAAACAUUCUUAACAUCUGAUGUAUCAACCUACGAAUUCUCACACUCUCCCCUAUUUGAUACAAGUAAUUGGGAUCAAAUAAACGUAAGUUCAGUGUUCGACUGCUUCUUCUUCCGCAAUGCGGCGAAUGUUCUCCGCUGCUACAGCUACAGCCCUCCUAACGGGGCGAAACUCCCUUGCUCUGGGAUUUAGGGAGGGGUCUUCUCUCACACGCUGCUCUUGAUCACAGGAAAGUUCUAAAGGAAAAAGAUGCUGGACUACCCGUUCAAGGAAAGAUUUUCCUGCCCUCAGCCUAACGGCUCGUAUCACUCCAUCUCGGCCUUGGAAAAGCUUGACUACUAUGCCCAUGUUCCAUUUCCCUCGGUUACGUUCAGCAUCCUGGAUAAGGACCACAUCUCCUAGCUGGACGUUCAUCUGUUUGGAUUUGUGCUUCAUAUUGUGUCUUUCCCUCAGGGACUUCAGAUACUCCCCACUCCACCGAUUCCAUAAAACCUCUUUACACCGGCGUAGAUACUUCACUCUCUUCCUCAAGUCAGCAUCUCCUUCUUCUGUGCUUUCUUCUGGGACAAGUCUUGGUUGACCAAACAUCAUGGCACAUAGAGUCAAAACUGGUAGCUGCACGUCGUCUUCCACGUAUGUCAGAGGGCGAUCAUUCACAGCCACUUCUACAUCCAGCAAGACUUCCUCAAGUUCAUUCCAUGUAAGGCUAGCUCGACCAAUACUUUUGUACAAUGCCCGUUUUACAACGCCCACAAGUCUCUCAAAUUGUCCCCCCACCAGGGGGCUCUGCUUAGAUUGAAUUGCCACCUUAUUUCCUGAUGAGCGAGGUAGUUCUGCAGCUGUUCAUGUUUUACCACCCCUUUCAACCAUUUCGCUGCGGCAACAAAAGUUCGCCCGUUAUCAGAAUAAAUCUUCCUGGGACGGCCUCUCCUCGCGAUGAACCGUUUCAGAUGCUUGAUGAACUCCUCAGCUGUUUGGUUUGGCAGCAACUCCAGGUGGACAGCUGUAGUUAAGCUGCAGGCAAAUAACAAAAUAUAUGCUUUUCCUUCUUUCUUUGUCUUGAGUUUGUACCCUAUCGGUCCUGCAAAGUCUAGGCCAACAACUUCGAAAGGGGUUGAUCCUUCCGUCCUGUCUGUAGGCAAAUUUCCAACUGGUGGGUUUGAGAAGGCGGUUACUUGGAAUUUCUUGCACCCAUAGCAUCCUCUGAUAACUCUCUUUGUGAGCUGUCUUAGCCGCGGCACCCAAUAUUGUUGACGAACAAAACUCAUCGUAAGCCCCACUCCCCCAUGAAGACUUAGCACAUGUUUAUCAUGGACAAUUCUCUCUGUUAACAGGGUAUCUGGCGGUAAGUAGAUAGGGUAGCUUCCCUGGAUUCUCCCUCUACACACCUACAGACCCUCUUCAUUCUUCUGCAAAUUAAGUUUGAGCUGAUCUUCAUGGAACGUGUCUGUGUUUAACUUGCUGUUUUGAGCUCUUCCUACCCAGAAUUUCACUUGUUUGAGAGUCUCACAUGUGGUCAAUGGACCAGACAGCCGGUGCUUCUUGCCUUUCUUACAGUUUUCGAUAAAUCUUGCUACCCAUGACGUGAUACGUAUCGUCUGCCAGAAGCCAUGUUUCUCUAAAACCUGGUGUAGGGUGUCCUCCAUCUCUGUGGCCCCAGCAAACACUUCCUUUACUAGCUUGGCCUCUGCUUCUGUCUCUUUACUUGGCUUAGUUUGCACCACCGCUGGCCACAUUUCUGGUUCAGUCAGCCAGUUUGGUCCCUUCAGCCAGAUUUCAAGACGCUCUCUAGACAGGGUGCCUCUGCUCCCCACAUCAGCUGGAUUUUGCUCUGUUCCCACAUACCUCCACUUUACAUAGUCCUUGGCAUUAAUUUGUGCAACUCUAUUGGACAAAAAUUGCUUGUAGCUCCCUUGACCAGCGAUCCAAUGCAAGACUACUGUACUGUCUCUCCAUCCAUACACAGACCUCACUACGUAACCUUCCAAAGCACUUCUUACAUUGUCUACAAGAUUGGCU